AUGCCGCACGCGCGCGCGCAUCGCGCGCGCGCGUCCGCGUCCGUUCGCGCGUCCUCGCGCGGCGCGCGCUCGACGUCGUCGUCCCGCCGCCGCGCGCCGCGUCGAAAAAGCGCACUUUUCGCCACGAGUGGAUCCGCCGACGCCCGACCGUGGGUCGACGACGUCGAGCGCGCGAUCCCCGCGCUGUCGAACGUGCGGUUCGUGAUGUGCGCGCCGCAAGGCCCCGCGAACGUGGGCGCGGCGGCGCGCGUGAUGCAAAAUUUUGGCAUCUACGACUUGGCGCUCGUGGACGUCGGGCCGUUCGUGCUGACGACGACGACGCGGAGCGGCGACGCGACGCGAGAAAUCUCGGACGAGGCGAGCGAAGGCGAGGGACGCGCGCCCGAACGGGCGAGCGAAGUUCUGGGAAGCGAGGCGCGGACGACGCCGCUUUGCGAGGAGGCGAUGCGGUACGCGUGCGCGGCGGAUUGGUUGUUGGCGGACGCCGAGCGAUGCGACGACGCGGAGGAGGCGCUGCGAGGGUGCUCGUUCGUGUUGGCGACGACGGCGAGACCGAGGAGCGGAACACCGCUGAUGACGGCGAGGGAGGCGGCGGAGAGAGUGCGCGAGGAGGCGAAACGAGGGAAAGUCGCGGUGCUGUUCGGGAACGAGCGCACGGGGUUGACGAACGACGAGUUGAGUUGGGCGCACGCCGCGGUGGCCAUUCCGACGGCGGGGGCGGGUAAGAUUUGCCGCAAGAGUUUAAAAUAUACCGGCGGCACCGGUCCGACGAGCUUAAACUUAUCGCACGCGGUCGGCAUAUUAGCGUACGAAAUAUUCAUGGCGUGCGGCGGCGAAGCGACGAACGGCGAAAUUUUACCGGAGAAGGCAAAGCUCCUCACCGUGGACGAAAAGGUGACGCUGCGAAACGAAAUCGUCGCCGCGCGACGAACGCUCGACGUGUUGCGAUCGGACGUCGGCGCAUCCACGUCGAGCGCGAGCGCUGACGACGGCGAUGGCGAAGACGGCGACGACGAAGACGACGAGGAAAUCAUCGCGCGAGAGGAACGCGCCUUUGAGCGCAUCCUCGCGGCGGCGCCCAUGCACCGCAGCGACGCCGCCGCGCUCUUCCAGCUUUCGCGCCGCGUCACCGCCAUGGCCAAAGGCGCCGUCGUCGCCCCUCGCGACGGAGAGAAUCUGCUCGACGAGACCGUCGUGCAGUGCGUGAGAUCCCUCGUCGACGAAAAUCAAGCCGUGACGAUUAAAUCCGCGCGAAACCGUCUUCGCGCGCGUCUCGGCGUCAGUCUGACCAACCGCGAGAUCGCGCGCGCCAUCGCGCGCGCCGCGAGCGACUUGUGA